CUUUAGUUUGGUUCAGCAUCAGUUGCAACGUGACUUUCGUUCGGAAUGUUCCCCGCAAAGCGUUUAACUCAGCUGCUGUUGAAAGGUGCUGAACGAUGCCAGAAACAGUCGAAAGCGUCGUACAGCAAGGUAGAUUUGGAGAAGUUCAAGAAGAUCAACUAUGAGAAGAUCGGUAUCGUUGGUGUUCCGUUCGAGAAAGGUCAGCGUAAGAAAGGUGUGGGCCUUGGACCGAAAGCAAUACGGGAAGCUGGAUUGAUCGAUAGCAUUCAGGAAAUAUCGUCUAAGCUGGACAUUCGGGACUUUGGAGACAUCCGGUAUGAGGCACUGGAUUUGGCUGGCCGUGGUGCGUCGAAUAUGAAAAAGUUGGAACACGUGGCGAGUUGUACGAAACUGUUAUCGCAAAGAGUCGCUCAGGUGUUGCAGGAAGAUCGUUUGUGUUUGACACUGGGUGGUGAUCAUGCGAUUGCUGUUGGUUCCAUCGAUGGACAUCUAAAACAUUGCAGCGAUGUAGGAGUAAUCUGGGUGGACGCUCACGCGGAUUUGAACACAAAUUCUACCUCACCAUCGGGGAAUAUGCACGGAAUGCCAGUUGCACUUUUGGCCAAAGAACUGGCAGACUAUUGGCCGUACCUUCCGGGCAUGGACUGGCAGGAACCGAUCAUUUCAAUCAAAAACGUUGUGUACAUUGGGCUGAGGGCCGUAGAUCCAUAUGAGAGGAUGAUAAUCGAAAAAUUUGGAAUCCAUGCUUUCGGGAUGCGGGAGGUUGAGCAAUAUGGUAUUCGGGAGGUGAUGAAGAUGGCUUUGGAACGCAUCGAUCCGGAGGGAAAGAAAAGUUUGCACGUGAGCUACGAUAUCGACUCUCUGGAUGUUCUGGAAGCACCGAGUACAGGGACUGGAAUGCGUGGAGGAUUGACUUUGCGUGAAGGUAUUUACAUCAUGGAAGAGGCGUACAAUACCGGUCGAUUGGCUGCAGUGGAUUUGGUGGAGGUUAAUCCGGCAAUCGGGACUCCCGAGGAUGUGAGGAAGACUUUGGAUGCCGCCAUUCAUCUUUUGGUAGCUGCCUGUGGACAUAGUAGGAAAGGGAAUAUGCAAGAUGUCGUUGAUAUAUUAGUUAAGCAUUAAAAUGUUUUUCGUGUGAAUAAUAACUGAUUUUCAUUAUUUUGAAGAA